AUGGUUGCAUGUGAUUUUGAUCUUCGUUUUGUAUAUGUACGAGCUGGCUGGGAAGGUUCUGCUUCUGAUGCUAGGAUUCUCCAACGUUCGAUUGAACAAGGUUUUCAAGUCCCAAGCGGUAAAUAUUAUCUUGUAGAUGCAGGAUAUGCUAAUACCCCGAAUUUUAUUGCUCCAUAUAGAGGUGUCCGUUACCAUUUGCAGGAGCAAGGUCGAGCGCAAUCUAGACCAAGCAAUUAUAAAGAACUAUUUAAUUUGCGACAUGCAUCAUUAAGGAAUCAUGUUGAACGCAUCAUCGGCAUUCUGAAGAUGAGAUUUCCGAUACUUAAAGUAGCAACUUUUCACCCAAUAGACUCUCAAACUGACAUAGUAGUUGCUGCUUGUAUGUUGCAUAACUUCAUCCGUAUACAUAACGGUACAGAUGUUAUUGAGGAUUUUGAUAAUGAAGCCGAGGAAACUAUUGUUCCUAAUGGAGAUGAGUCAUAUGGAGAGGAUGUAGACACCAUGAACUCUGAACGAAAUGCAGAAAUGAAUCUGAAAGUUUGGAAAGCCAUCGCCUAUACUGAAGUGCAUUAUAGACCAGGGUCGAGAGACAUCACCAAUCAGCAAGAAUCCAUUAAUUCUGAUCAGUUGUAA